GGGAGGAGGGGAGGUAACCGCCCCCGAACGGACGAAAAAACAAAAAUGGAGUUGUUGAAGUAGCAGCAGUUAGCUUGUUAAAGACGUCCACUUUCAGUUUGUGUGCAGUUACCUUUACAAGAGCCGGGUUUGGACUGACUUCAAGUGGCGUGAUGCGAUCACAUCAAAGUGACACGUAGUUUGUGUUGUAUAUCAGUCGUAAGAAGCUGUCGAGCUGGUAAACAAACCGGUAUCUUGGCUACGACAAAGACAACAGGGCUUAGUGGCUAGCGAGCUAAAACAGUAGCAUCUGCUCGUCUUUCACUCUCAUUGUGCUGUGACUCGGACAAACAUGGAGAAGGGAGAGUUCCUGAAAGGAUUGCCCGUCUACAACAAAAAUAACUUCAGCAGGUUUCAUGCAGACUCUGUAUGUAAAGCAUCAAACCGGAGACCAUCUGUAUAUCUUCCAACCCGGGAAUAUCCAUCAGAGCAGAUCAUCGUCACAGAGAAGACAAACAUCCUAUUGCGGUAUCUUCAUCAACAGUGGGACAAAAAGAAUUCGGCAAAAAAGCGAGAGCAGGAUCAAACAGAGGGGGAGAACACGGCGCCGCCACGGAAAAUCGCUAGAACAGACAGUCGGGAGCUGAAUGACGAUUCAUAAAUUGCUUGUGCUGUUGGUGCACACACAGGAAAGACUGGUCUAUACAAAUAAAAUGCACACACAGCAGAUGCAGGAUAUAUGUUUGCAGACCCAGGGCUUGACACUGAAGCACACAAGGAUUGUUACGUUUCAGACCAUAGCCGGCAUAACAUUAAUCCCAUAAACAUUUGGUCUUAAUGUGUCUGUUUGACUUCAGAUUUCCUCUGUAACCAAAAAAGUUUAUUUGCUACUUCCUCCCAGUAUUUUCUUUACUUCCAAGAUACCUCUGCCUCAGAUUUGUCUUUGUAGUUUGAAAAUAACUUACAUCUACCUCCUUAUUCUGCAACACCCUCUGGUUUUCCUUCACUUAUGCUCACACAGUUUUCUUUUAAAUAUGCAGGGAGUAAAGUCAUUGCUCCUCUGCUGCUGAUGAAGGAUCUACAGCUCAACAGAGUUAUCAUACCAUUUCUGAGAUAUGCAUGAUUUAAGUUAAAUCUAUAUAAGUGAUAAAGUGACAUGCCAUCUUUUUGUGGCUCCUACUCUAUUAGGAUUUUUUGUUUUGAAUCAUGUAAUGACAGGAACCCUUACAUUUAGCUCAUCCUUCAUGUGAUUACUGUCGUUACAGUAACUAAAAAUAAAACUGCAAUAUGUUUUGUUGCUUAGAUUUAAAAAAAUCUAUUCAGGGUUUGUUAUGGGAGUGCUGAGGGAAACGUUCUUACGUUUUCUCCUGAUGGAUGAUGAUUUAUUGCCUUAAAUCGAAGUGAGUGUGUUUUCACUAUGUCUUAGAGUGCCCCCUCGGUUUACAUGGUUGUUUCAGGUGAUAAAUGAACCACUGUUGAGUUGAAUGGAUAUUAGCAUGCCUUUUCAAUAAGGACAUGAUGAAGCCAAUACAGAGAAUACUAGAAGAUGCAAGCUGUUGUUGUGCGGCCCGAUCUGCAGAUUUUUGUCACCAUAUUCAAAGUUUGAUGCUCAGUAGUUUGAGAUAACUGUUUUAUAAGCAGUGCUUGAAUCUUUGCAGUUGCAGAGUUAGCACAUAAUUUUAUGGAAUAGGUGAUUACUGCAGAUCUUUAGCUGUACUGAUGUGUAGGAUACUGCUGUCAAACCUUGUUAUAAAUGUGCCAUUUACAUUUGCUUAAACAGGUUGAUCAUUUGAGUCAUAGUGGGGAUUGGGUGUUUGGAUGCAAGUUUUUGACAGCAAGGCUAAAUAAACACCAUCUGUUUGCUGCUCAUAAAGUCGCUGAAGCUGAUCAUGAAGCUCCACAGGUCUUGUAUAUUUGUACAAUAUGUAUACUGUGAAUGUUCUGACCCUUUUAUCAGGUAACAAGACAUACCCUCUCUGAUUUUCUCUUCCCGAAGUCAGCCAUAUUGUUAUUUCAUUUUGUUCAGCCAGUUUGUUCUAUUAUGCUGGAAGGCCAAAACAAACAAAACCAUUUAGAAACAUCACUUCUGUAACAUCAACAUCUAUAAAAAAGUAAUCUGCAGGAAAUUGUGUUCAUCAUAUUUUCACUGAUGUUUUGCACGACUGACAGUCAAUUAGUUUGACUUUUGCUUUUCAAAGGUUACACAGUAUACGUUCAAUUUGGCUGCUUGUGUCAGUCAAAACGAGUAGAAUACACAGUUUAGGUCGCAAGUUUCCGAGCUGUGACUUCUAACCAGAGCCAUGUGUUUUAUCUUCCCAGCUCUUCAUAGAAGAGUGUGCUAAUUCUCCUAUUGUCAUAUGGUUUGUAUCCCAUCACCUGAGUAAUUUUGGAAUGUGUUUAUUGUUGAAUGAAUUGCUUUGAGUCUAUUGUAUAAAUGUACUGUUGUCAA